AUGAUCGACCCCAAUCGGACUUUGACUCUCGAAGAGAUCCAACAAGCCUACAACGUCGAACUCGUAGAUAAAGAUGGGACCAAGCAGACUUUUGGAGAGUUGGUCAAAGGGAAGAGAGUGGUGUUGAUCUUCAUAAGGCAUUUUUGGUGCACAAAUUGUCAAGCUUAUACAUAUCAAUUUGGCAAGUCCAUACCUCCCUCAAACUUACCUGAAGGUACAGAGGCAUAUAUAAUCGGAUGCGGUGCAUCCUCUCCUAUUCCCUCAUAUCUCACCCGGACUUCAUCACCUUAUCCAAUCUACUCAUGUCCCUCCCUCGAUCUACACAAGGUAUUCAACUUCGGUAGAACCCUCAAAGGAUCCAAAGCAGGAGAAAAGAAAACCUACAUGUCAGAAUUAGGAGGAGGGUUCAAUAGGACUUGGUUGUCAAUCAAACAGAAUUUAAUGAAAAGUCCAGGACAUGGUUUGGAGAGUGUUAGAGGAGCGAAUAAUCAGAAUGGCGGAGAGGUGAUCAUUGAAAAAGAUGGUACUUGCUCGUAUUUCCAUAGAAUGCAAAAUACAGAGGAUCAUACCGAUCUUGAAGAUCUAGCAGUGUAUACACCUUUGUCUGAGAAAGACAAGUCGUAUCCGAAUUGA